GCCGCCACACGGAAGGCAAGGCGAGUCUGGGGAGCACCGAAGCUUCACUCCACCACUAACCGCGCGGGUGACACGACCAUCCCCAGCCCCGUCCGUAGCCUGCUCCUCCUACUCCCCCUCCUACUCCCCCUCCUCCUCCUACUCCUCCUCGUGCAAGUGCAAGUGACAAGUCAAGGCCCUGUGAAGUGAACUGAUCUAGGAGGAUCUGUUUAAGGGUGGACUCGUUGUUGUGGUUGUGUUGGUGUGGAUUUCGACGCGUUGAAGGAACUUUUUGACGAACUCCGGCAAGAUGACCGCAAUGGACGCCUUGGCCAAGAGGUCCUUCUUCGACAACACGAUCUACACGCUGGUCCAGGACAACGAGACGGUGAUUUAUGACUUGACACUCCCGCCGAGGCUCGAGGGCGGCCGCUACAUCACCUCGACCAACUACACCUACGGCUUCACCUUCAACUUCGAGGAGGAGUUCGAGGUGACAAACUACACGGGCUGGAUGAGAGUCAACUGGUGGCACAGCCUCAUCUGGACCACUAUCUACGUCACCUUCAUCUUCGUGGGCACGCGGAUGAUGGAGACGCGGCCCAAGUAUGAACUACGAAGCUUCCUCUCCGUCUGGAACACCUUUUUGGCCGUCUUCAGCACCCUCGGCGCCAUAAGAACCGCCCCUGAGAUGUUCCACUUGCUCUAUAACUACGGCCUCGGCUUCACCGUCUGCAUCUCCGGCAAACCUUUCCUCGACAACCGUGUUGGCGGGUUCUGGAACUGGAUGUUCACGCUCAGCAAGGUCCCAGAGCUCGGAGACACAGUGUUCAUCGUUCUCCGGAAGCAGCCGCUCAUCUUCCUGCACUGGUACCACCACGUCACUGUCCUCCUCUACGCCUGGUACUCCUACUCCGACUACAUCGCCACCGCCCGCUGGUUCGUCUGCAUGAACUACCUUGUCCACAGUGCCAUGUACAGCUACUAUGCCCUCAAGGCCCUCAAGUUCCGAGUACCUCGCUGGAUCGCCAUGAGCAUCACCACGGCUCAGCUCGCCCAGAUGGUGAUGGGGGCGGCGGUCAACAUUUGGGCCUACCAGGUCAAGCAGGCCGGCAAUGAGUGCCACGUCUCCUACGACAACAUUAAAAUAUCUCUCCUCAUGUACACAUCCUACUUCGUACUGUUCGCUCGCUUCUUCCGUAGAGCUUACGUUGUCAACCCCAAGCAGACCGGGUCUCAGCCACCCAAAAAGGGCCAGGAGUCUCUCGCCUACGAAGGAAAGAGCACCAAGGGUAAACUGGAAUAAAGUUACACUAAGUUUACAGGAAUUUGUAGGGAAGAAAAAGCUCUGAUAAUUCAUUUGUCAAACACAUGGGUCCCACUAAUGGCACUGACUGGCUGGUGUCUUGCAUUUGUUUGUUUUACUACCAAUCAGGACUUGCCAAAUCCAAAUUUUUCUCAUUUUCACCAACAACUGUAGGGCUUAACAAAAGACUUCUAGAAAAUGUCAUGAUUCAGUUUACAAUGGUUUGCUUCUUCAUUACCUUUGAGCAGCUGUAUUCAAUGGCUUCAGGUAGCAACAGUUCAAGGUUUUGGCAGCACAAGACACAGCCAUUGCCUCUCAGAUCCUGGACCAUUUGUGUCAUGCCAGAUGCCUGAAUGAGCUUCUGGGAAAGUUGAACACUUUCCACACAGAAGUUUGUUUUGCUGUUUCAAAGAGUUUGAAAAUCAUCACAUUGACAAUUAACUAGUUUUACUAAUGGUAUCACAGAAGCGUGGCCACGAUCCUUCACGUGAUGUGGUAAUGCCUCCUCUGGUUCAAUAUUCGAAUGAACAGUUUUGUAGCCAGUCUUCUGUUGCAUAAAAUUAGCUUUCACUUUUAGCAUUGGCAAACUUCAAAGUUAUGCAUAGUGGGAUGCAUUUUAUCCUGCCAUCAAGUGACUGCACCCGCGGUGAGAGAACACUAGUACGUCUGUAGUUGUAAAACAUUCGUCAAGCUAGGUUUGUUACACAGGCACCCACCCUUCAUAGGUAAAGGUAUAAAAUUCAGCAGCAUAAUGUAAAAUGAAGAUCACAUGUUCCUCAUGAUGAAUUUUUCUGAGGACCUGAACCACAGAAAGUCCAAAAUGGAGCACACAGCUUCACAGUCAUUGUAAAUAGGCUGCUAUGCAGUUUCAUGUUUAAAACUGACACAGGUUGUCUACCAUUUCCUCUCUUCUUUUAGCUUUUCCUUUCUUCUUCUGAACUUGCUUUGUGGCUGUGGCUUCAACCAAGUCAUGCACACCCAGCAAGGACAAAGUGCAGUAUUUGGUAACAUUCCUUUUAUACCGUAACCUUCCCACAUGUCUGAUCUCUUUACUGCAUUCCAGACGUCAAACUUUGUCUCUACAAAUGUUUCUCCUUUCAGUUGUUAUGUUUUCACUCAUCGGGUCCAUCCUUGCCCACACAUGUCCUGCAUUCCACCACUGUCUCUUCGUAUGCACAAAAUGUUUCAGAUCAGUGACUUGUUUGGUUGUGUUUGGUAAUGUUCACCAUGAUUUUCAAAUGGUCAUUUGAAUAUUUAUUGAGGUAUAUAUUUGUAUGUGAUAACAGUAAUGCAAUUGCAUUUGGGUAAUCACCAAAUAACAUUAUGAUAUUCAGAUGAUAAUUUACUAGCAAGGUUUUAUUAGUAAUUAUCUGAUAUAGGAUAUUUUCUUAACACUGCAGUAUUAAGCUGGACUUUUCACUGUCAGUUGUGUUCUGUUUCAUUUUCUCCUUGAUGGUUUCUUCCUGUACAGAGUAUUGGCCGAAGGCUUUGCUCUCACACCUACCAAGCCACUGUAUUCUUUGCCAUUAUCAUCAUUGUACUGUAGAGCCAUUCAAUGGUCUAAGUUUGAUAGUAUUCUUUCACUAGUUUUUAAGAUUUCAAGAGUAAACAACCCAUCAUUAAUUAGGUUACAGGUUACUGCAGGAGCACCAUCAAGAAGGUUCUGUGAUAGUCAAAAUGUCACAAGCACAAGCCAAAAUAUCAGAAUUGCUUUCUGAGACUAAAUUUGCUAAUUUUACUCGAGCAGACAAACAUUAGCCUAACAGAUCGUUGCCAGCAAGUGCUGUAGCAUAACUUUGUUCCUCAGACGGAACAGCUAUGCAUUAGUACAAGUAAAAAUGUUUAUGCCAGACAAGUGAAUUUAGUCAUGCAAACAGUAUUGAGUCAAGGCAUAGUGUAAUAAGCGAUGACCACAUUGUUGAUAUCUAUGUACAGGGCUUUGAUUGUGCACAGGAUGCACAACCAGGGGUGGGAAAUACAAGGUUAGUUUUUGUUGAGCACGAAAAAAUACAACUAAAUUUGUAUGAAUGGUUUCAAAAAAUGUUUUUGUGGUGUUGCUUAUUUCAGGAGUCUCACACCCUGAGUGGUUGAGGUCUUGGCACUCAUGCUCUCAUUCCCAAAUGAGAGUCGAUGCAGUAAUUCAGUAUUUUAUGAAUACUGUGGUUGUUUCAUAAGCACCCUUUGAAUUUUUUUGUGCUAGACAAGCCAUUGCCAUCUACACAAUGUUUUUAGCAAAAACCUUGAAUUUCCUUAUUGUGGAGGACUUUAGGAAUGUUAUUAGUUUAGUUGGUGGUGCUUGGAGCAUUAGUGGCAGAGAGGAACCUUGCUCGUCCUGGCAGCAGUGACCAGCACUUGAGGGUCUAUGGCUUGGUGCUCUCUUGUUAUGUUUGGUGAAGUUGCAGUACUUAUGUACUUAGGUUUGUUACAAAAAUUACUACCAAAAUAAACUGUAAUAAUGUUAUCUUUUUUUAGUGGUGUCUGCUACCUCUCACUGAUCACUGUAACAAUUCAGUAACUGUUCUAGAUGCACAAAUGCUUAUGUGUAACAUCAAUUUGUCCCGUUGUCAUUUUGUGGGUCGGGUGUAGUGUGAAUGCCCAAGGUUGUACAGCAGGAGGUGCAGGCAGCAGCAGUUGGAUGUGUGCCCCAAAAUUAAGUUACUGAUUUACAACAUGCUCUCUGAAACUUUAGUUUUAGGAAGGAUGUCUUGCUGAAGAGAGGGAACUGAGAAACACUUCUUUGCUGUUCCCUUUUCUUGAUAAUAUUAUUAAUUUACUAACCGAGAUAUUAUGUUGGAGCACUUUUGAUGCCUUCAAGGACAAACAUCCACUUGCAUAAUGCUUGACUAGUGGUGGUGCUGAGAGCCUGAAGAGUCCAAACUUGUUUGGGUCAAUAUGAUCUUGGCAGUCCCUGUACUCUCAAGGUUUCUGUUUCAAGGUGCAUAAUGUAACAUGUCCCUCAUAGCAAUACUACAGUACACAUUCUAAAACUGAAAACAAACCAACACUCAGUUGACUUUGCAUCAUUAUGAUUUUCUGCAAUACCCUCGCACAGCCAUACCACAUGGGGGCUGGCAACACCUACUGCUGCCUGGUGGUGUCCACAGGUUAAUAAAUGGAAGAACAUA